GUGCUACUUGUUUACUUUGUUAAGAAAUAAGGAGUUACGCAAUGGAGAAGUAUACAAAAAUCAUGGAAAUUGGACGUGGGUCGUAUGGUGUUGUGUGGAAGGCGAUGAACAAGCAAACCGGUGAAGUGGUUGCCAUCAAGAAACUCAACAAUGAGUACAAGACGAACGAAGACAGCAUGAACCUGCGAGAAGUUAAAUCACUCAUCAAGAUUGUGAAUCAUCCGAAUAUCGUAAAGCUCAAGGAAAUAAUAAGAGAAAACAACACGCUGUUCUUGAUAUUCGAAUACAUGGAAGGCGAUCUCUACCAACUUAUGGUUGAACGAACAAAGCCUUUUACAGAAUCCGAGAUUAGAAACAUGUGCUUCCAAAUCCUUCAAGGUCUAGCAUACAUGCACCACAAGGGUUACAUGCACCGUGAUCUCAAACCGGAGAACAUUCUUGUUUCCAAGAAUAUACUAAAGAUUGGUGAUCUUGGUUCUGCCCGAGAGACAAAUGGUGAACAGCCAUACACCCAUUAUAAUGUUACAACGUUAUGCUAUCGCGCCCCAGAGGUUUUUCUACGAUCUCCGUGUUACAACUCUUCGGUUGAUAUGUGGGCAUUUGGUGCAAUCAUGGCUGAGUUAUACACCACCCAAGCAGUUUUUGAUGGUUCUUCUGAUGCGGAUGUAAUGCAAAAGAUAUGCGGCGUGUUAGGCACCCCAACAGAAAGUACAUGGCUCUCGGGAUUGGAUCUUGCAAGAAAUGUGUUAUAUCGGUUUCCAGAUUUUCCUGGCAUGCGGUUUUCUGAGUUGUUGCCGACCGCAAGCUCUGAUGCGGUUAAUUUGGUUGCUUCACUUCUUUCAUGGUGUCCAAGUGAUAGGCCGACAGCCAUGGAAGCGCUUCAGCAUCCUUUCUUCCAUGGCUGUUAUUGUGUGCCGCCAACAAUCCGCCUUGAAGACACCUUCCUUAAUUCGGUGCCGCUAGUGUUCAAAAUGGCUAAGCAACGGGAGUUGUUGAAAGAGAAAAGAAGCUUGACUAGUUGUGGGAGUGGACUGGAAAAACUGGAUUCAAAUGAAGAUCAGAUUCUUAUGCUGCAAUCAAUAAAUUUCUUUGACUUUAUGGAGUAAGAAGAAUUACUAUGAACUCAUAGAAAUUGACUGUCAACGUUGUUUAAGGUUUUAAUUUAGGUUGUAAAC